GCGAGCACGACACGGACAAACAUCAAGCAGUGGCUGGAGGAUCAUGCACAGCCGCCAGUCACAGUUGGUAUGGGCCAAAGCAUUGCCCUCAACGUGAUUACGCUUGCAACUGGCGUGGCCGUUUGGCACCUGAAGAGAUGGUGCCGACACGUACGGAGGAAGCCCAGCAACGAGUCGGGAGGACUGCAAGAGGCUUCCCGGAGGCUGCUGGCCAACGAUGACUGCGGCGAGUACACCAGUCGAAACGCCUUUGAGUUUUCCUCGGCCUUUCUCGGCCCUACGUUCCAUGGCACUGCUCUCAACUAUCUGAUAUUUCUUCGCAUUUCGGCGGAGAUGUGUACGACGCUGACCGUUGUCUCUGCUUUUUUUGUGAUUCCUCACUGGGGCGUGCAGCCCCUUCUGCUCGGCGGUCCUCGGGGCCGGAUCUCACUGGCAAAGGACAUUAGUGCUGAUGGUAUCUGCUUGCUCUGCCUUCUCGCCACGGUGUUCGGUGUGGUGGUCCUCAUCUUUACACAACGGAUGAAGGGUUGGGAGGUCGUGGAGGUCCCCAAACUCGACGACGCGUGCAACGAAGCUUACGAAAAGAUCAAGAGCACUGCGAUGAAGGCUUGCGCAGUGGAGGUGCAGAACAAGAAGUUGUUCUUCUGCCUUCAGCCUCGGGAAGCCCUACCAAAAGCAGAGAGCAAACUCUGUGCAUCCAACCUGUCUGGACGGUGCAACACCUGCAUCCACCGCAUGCCGAAGUUCGUGCAGUUGAUGGGCGACGGCGGAUCAUUCCUCGCAUUCAGCGAUGUGAAGGAACCAAAUGUGCAGACACUCCGAAAGCUGCGCCAGAAGCAGUGGAAGACGAUCCAGAACGUGUCUGAGCUUACCGCAGUUGUGAUUGACGAGGACUUUGUCAAGGAGUAUCCCAUCGAAGUUGGACCCUUCAGCCACAUGCACUUCACUUGCGACCAGCUCUCGGAUACUGGAUUGUCUCAGAGGCUAAAGGAUCUCAAGCUAUACCUGAACGGCUCCUUCGAUAACCGAUUCCAGCGCUUGGUGGAUGACCCAGCUUCGUUGAAAAUCAUGCAGGAUGCUCUUCCCCGGUUGGUGCGCCCGGACCACUGGAGGGCUGUUGUCCAAUGGGCGGUGAACUUUGUUGCUGAAGCUCAUGGCAAAAGCUGGGACAAGCUUGCUUUCCAUGAAAAGUUCCAUGUGAUGAUCUAUGCGAUGCUAACAGGACGGUCCCAUGGAAAUGUGCACUUGGACAUGCAGCAGGCUAGCAAUCUAGUGGAUUUUAUGGACACAGCUGCCAACCUGGAGGGCCUUGUGGCUAUGAUGGACGACCGAAGCAAUCCAGAAACCUACAUGGUCUCACGUGUGGCGGAGUUGUUGCGGGAGAAGCAAGUGAAGUCACUCUGCACCGUAACUUUGGUCUGGGGCCUGGAUGGAAACCCUCAUAAGUCAGACCUGGACUUGCACACCUGGGUCAAAGGGACAGAGCUCUACUACGGAAAGAAGAACGUAGAGAGCUGCUGCCUUGACUUUGAUGCAAACGCUUCACAGGUUGAGAAGAACCCGGCCGAGAAUAUCUCACUGAACCAAGUUGGAACCUUCGUGAUGAAGGUCAACAACUUCAACAACCGCGAUGGCACGGAUGUUCCAUUCAAGCUCAUUGUCCGACGGAGUGGCCAGGAGAGCGAGGUCCACGAGGCUGUUUGGCCGCGGAAUAGGGCAAAGGGAACCUUGAUGGAAGUUUGCCAGGUCAGGGUUACGCCAGAGGACCUGGUCGAAAAGCCCGUGGAGUUGUCUGAGGCCGAGCAGCGCAAGCUUGCAGCAAAGGAAGCCGAGUGGAUGCAGCUUUUUGGAGAGCCUGUCUCCACGCUGGCCUGCGAGCACGACCUCAACGUGAAGACGGUGAACCUACCUCUCCGGCAUUCGGGUGAAGCUGCAGGGUACCCCAGUGCACAGCAGCUGUUCACCAAGAUCCUUACCGCAGCUCCAAAGGAAGCGAAGAAGAAAGGAUCCUCAUUGGCCGAACGGUGUCGGCUCGAGACUUUAGAUGGCUUCAUCCAGCAUGUGACAGAGCACGAGUCCACGGUGGAGGUAGACAUUCGGAACUUCGUGCCUGGAUACAUCACUCGCCUGGAGACGGAGACAGACCUUCUUCACAGCAAGUUUGCUGUCAAUGUCUUCCAUCGAAAGUACGAGCUGCCGCAGCAACCGCGCACGGAUGAGCAAUCGACGGCCAGAUUCGACACAUCCUGGGGUCUGCCGGCCACUGCAGCCGUGCACGGCUUUGUGCAGGUGAACAAGAUCUGGUUCAUGAUCCUCAAGGGUGCUCGGCUUUCCCCCAAGAGCAGUGACUGGCCUUUGGCUGGGGGCAUGUAUCCGACGAACCUGAAGCCAGAGGCCCAUCAUCACCGCAGCAAGUGGGCCAGCUUCCACUCCCUGACAGCACCAAAGGUGCCCCAGGAAGCCAGAGGCCCUUGGUUCAUUGGCUCUGCUCUGGUUGGCUUUCCCAACUUUCACUUCAAGCUGGAUGGGCGCCAGGUGCACAUGCGUGUACGGUCGGCUAUGCAUCCUCGGACGAUGCCUCUUCUCGACCGUACGGUUUGGUUGACUCAUCUUCCGGUGGGCGACAAUAUGACCGGAAGGCCCUUCUCGCUCACCGAUCAGGAGUUUCACAUGGUCGAGCAGUCCCUCACUCGUGCGAUUGAGGAGCAUAUCCGUGAGAAGCUCCAAAUCAGUGAAGAGAAAGCGAAGACAGCAGUUUUCCGUGUGCACGUGCCCUUCGUGGUGGACAAGUGGUACGACCUCGACUCCCGGCAGAAGGAGACUUUGGCCAGGUUGAAGAUGAAGCGAGACCAGCUGAGUACUAUUCAGGCGGAGCUGCACCAGCACUGCUGUCUCUGCCGGUGCUCUCCGCGUCUCCGUAUAUGGUGGUUAUCUAGACAAGUCCGGCGGCUUGAGCGGAAGACACAAGAUCUGAAGCACGAGCUGGACGACAUGGAGCUGUCUGCCAAGCGAAUGAGUGGCAGUGCCUUUGUAACCUUCCAGGAACGCAAGUACAAAGCGACUUUGCUUGAAGACAUACCGUCUUGCUGGAAGUUCCAUUCCUACGCGUAUUUCAACUUCGGCCAGCCGCCUUUCUCUUCUGUUACGUUGAGGUGUCGGCGGGCACCCCAUCCAGCCGACGUGCUUUGGGAGAAUCUGCAUAUCCCCUACUACAAGAGGGGUCUGCGCUUGACAAGCGCUACCUUGCUGCUUCUGGUGUUCAUGCUAGUUGUCGUCACACCCGUGUCUGUCUCUUCAGAGCUGAACACCAUCAUUCCGGAACUUCGGAAAGGCUCCCAAGGUCUCCGUCACGCAGUGGAGCAACGCCUUGGUGUAUUCCUUCCGGACAGGGGUGGCGUUUGGCGCUGGAUGUCGAUGCAGCUACCAACCAUGAUAAUUCUGCUCAUCAACUCCUUGCUGCUUCCUUUGAUUAUCGGCGAGAUUUGUCGCUUUACUCGGAGCCACACUCUGUCCAAGGUGGAGGUGAACCAGCUGCUGAUGAACUACGUGUUUCUCGUGUUGAAUCAGCUGCUGAUCCCAUUGCUCGGCCUCACCGGCAUCCCGGCUCUCCUGGAGUUUCUGGAGGUGAAGCUUGCAGAUCACACACAGGACAUCUCGGUGCUGCAGCUGCUGGACGGAAGCAUGUUCAGUUCGCCUGGCCUUUUCUACGUGCGCUACUUGCUGAACUGCACCUUCCUGACCAACACCAACAGCCUACUGAAUCUCAGUCAGCUUGUUGUUCGGUGGCUGCUAUCGCACCACGAACCGUGGAUCUUUGCUUGGGGAUACUGGUAUGCCUUCACCCUUGCCAUUCUUACCACCGCCGUGAACCUCGGCGUGCUCAUGCCCUCGCUGCUACCCUGUGGUGCCCUGUUCUUCGCGAUGAAGUACAGAAUUGACAAGCACAUUCUUUCCGUGCGUGGAUUCCUCUGCGGUCCGGAGAGCCAGGGCCUGUUCAUCCCCCGGGUACUGUUCAUAAUGCGCAUGAUUGUCGCUGGGCUCUGGCUGGUAAUCGGCAGCUCGCUGCACUUCACCGCUCGCACCUUCUUCGAGGACCGGUGGACAGCGCCAGUGUCGUUGAAGGCCGUCGAGUGGUUUUCGGCCUUGCUUGUCGCAGCUGCGUUGGUUGUCUGGCUCUGGAGCUCUUGGGCCAAGGCCAGCUCGCUGCACAAUGACAAGUUCGAGCUUCUGCGCUUCUCCAAGAAGGAGAAGAACAUCAUGGACAGGUGCCUGGAUUCUAUCUUCGGGAAGCUUCAGGGGGACUUGGAGAUGCAUUGGCAGAGGGUGGGGCAGCCCAAGCUCGAUAAGGCGGGCCGCUUCCCGUCAGAGGACACCAGCCUCUCUCUGGGCUCUCUGGCCUUCACGCGUCGAGACUCCACCGAGGUUGAGGAGCAGCACGGCGAGCAAGGGAUGAUCUCGCUUGUUUGGCACUGUCGCUCCUGGCUGUCAUCCUGGACGGAGUUUGCCACACGUCGCAAUUUGCCGGCCGAUCUUUUCUAUCUGACAUACGACGGAGCUGAUGAAAGCCCUCUGUCGUGA